AUGAGUUCAAGCCUUGAAGCUAAGAUCGUUGUGCUCGGAGCACAAGGGGUGGGAAAGACCGCGCUCGUGGAGAGAUACUGUAAAAACACCUUCAACCCCGCAGCGGCUUCAACCAUCGGCGCGUCGUUCGUGACGAAGCGCGUCCUCGAUUCCACUUCCGAUACAAUAGUCAGAUUACAGAUAUGGGACACAGCUGGACAGGAGAGGUUUCGCAGCAUGUCGAGACUUUAUUAUAGAGGAGCUCAAGCAGUGCUCCUGUGCUAUGAUAUCACCGACCAAAACAGCUUCCAAGAAAUGGCCGGCUGGCUGCGCGAACUCCGCAAAAAUAUCGCACCCAGCGACGACGGCACAGACUCCCUCAUCAUCCAUGUCGUAGGUACAAAAUCCGACAUUGUCGCCGACGACCCCUCCUGCCGCCGCGUUCCAUUCGAGCGCACAAUCGCCUAUGUCGCCGAACAACUCUACCCGACCCAAGCCUCCACCCCACCAGCAACCGCAACAGCAGGCAUGGGUGGGCUAGGCUUUGGAACAUCUGUCUUUGGAGGCAGUGGUGGCAGCGCAUCGAACGCUAGCGCCAGCGCCGCAGCACUCUCGUCAAAUGCCCUGCAGAGUCCAGACUCGAAGCGCAGUUCGGCCUUCUGGGGGCAGGAGAUUGGGUGGGAUUGCUGUCAUGAGAUCAGCGCACGGGAUGGCGAGGGAAUCGAUGAGGUUUUCCGCGUGAUAACGCGUAAGCUGGUUGAACAGCGCAAUCGGCGGGAUACUGAGUUGGCUCUGUCGAUUGCUGGUACGCCCAUGGCGAACGGGGUCGUUGGGCCCUUUAGUCCUGGGGCUGUGGAGGGCACGGGGAGUUUCCGGCUCGGUCAUGGUGAUACGAGGAGGAGUUGGCUGGGUUUGGCGGCACCUGCUGUUAAUGUCGCUGGUGCUGAGGAGGAGCUCGUUAUGCGUGCGUCGAGCAAUAAGGGGCGAUGUUGUUGA